GGGAUUUCCAGAAGAAAAGAUCAAAGAGGAAUCAUCGAGAAUAGACUCUUUUUCUGAAGUGUUAAGCCUAAGAUGGCCACAGCAUUGGCCCUUCAGACUUCAGAGAUGCAGGAAGGACUUCUGGCAGUAAAGGUAGAAGAGGAAGAGGGGGAUUAUGCCUCUGGGCAGGAAUCUGGCCUGCCAAGAGAUAACCCUCAUACCAGAGAGCUCUUUCGUAGACGCUUCAGGCAGUUCUGCUAUCAGGAGACACCUGGGCCCCGAGAGGCUCUUCGAAGACUCCGGGAGCUCUGCCGACGCUGGCUGCGGCCCGAGACGCACAGCAAGGAGCAGAUCGUGGAGCUGCUGGUGCUGGAGCAGUUCCUGACCAUCCUGCCCGAGGAGCUGCAGGCCUGGGUGCGGGAGCACUGCCCAGCGAGUGGGGAGGACGCGGUGACUGCGCUGGAGGACCUGGAGAGGGAGCUGGAUGAGCCGGGAGAGCAGGUGGAAGAUGGGAGAACAGAGGUCCCAAUCUAUGCUUGUGAACAGGGAGAGUUUGCGAAGGAGAAGGCAACUCGGGGAGCAGCCCAGGAGUUAUCAGGUGGCCGGCUCCAGCCCUUGGAAGAGCUGCGUCCGUGCAAUUCGCGAGAGCUGUGCCCGGUUCAGGAGAUGGGUGACGAGGCUGGGACUUGGAAUGUGGAGUUAGCUCCAAAGAGGGAGCUUUCCAAAGAAAUGAGAUGUCCUGUGGAAGUACCUCAAAAACUGAAUGGUGGUGGUACUCGGAUGCCUGAGUGUGGAGACACCUGGGACCAUGAGGGCAGAUUGGAAAGGCAGCAGCGGGCAAGCUCUUCUGUGGAGAGACCGUAUGUCUGUGGUCAGUGUGGCAAGAGCUUCACCCAGAACUCCAUCCUUACCGAGCACCAGCGGACCCACACAGGGGAGAAACCCUAUGAGUGCGAUGAGUGUGGCCGGGCCUUCGGCCAGCGGUCAGGCCUGUUCCAGCACCAGAGACUCCACACCGGGGAGAAGCGCUAUCAGUGCAGCAUCUGCAGCAAAGCCUUCAGUCAGAACGCCGGCCUCUUCCAUCACCUCAGGAUCCACACGGGGGAGAAGCCCUUCCGGUGCGGUCAGUGCAGUAAGAGCUUUAGUCGGCGCUCUGUCCUCAUUAAGCAUCAGAGAAUUCACACCGGGGAGAGGCCUUACGAAUGUGAGGAAUGCGGCAAGAACUUCAUUUACCACUGCAACCUCCUUCAGCAUCGGAAGAUCCACCCCGUGCUGGGUCCAGCCGGCCCCUCGGAACAGGUCAGGCAGCCUUUCCUGACGUCAGACCGCUAGCAGGGUCGCAGGGUAGGUUCCUGCUUUGUCCCUGAGGUAAGGUAACGGUAAAAAAUAGUUUAAUCCUCUUGAGGGGGAAGCUCCGAGAGAGCCAGUGAAAUUGUCCAUAUUUUUUAUGCUGAGAGAAGCAUUAUAUCUCAAGUACAUCUGUCAGGUUCUCUGGGGUCAACAGCAUGCACGCUUUGCAAUACUGAAUCGUGUUGUGUGACUUUAUCAACAUAGUCUCCAGUCUGACACACGUCGGUGCAAGAGGUUUUCUAGGUGUACUUCAGGAAAACGUCUUCAUCCCAGUUUUAAGAAACUUUUUUAAAAAGUUUUUAAAAAUUAUAUGCUGCCUGAACACAAAAUUAUGUUAAAUAGUAUUUAAAAAUUAAUUUAAAAAUAAUUGCAGUAAAACCUGUAAAUGAUUUGACUAUUGUCUGUUUUCAUAAGAUGUGAUCAUUUCUUUUUGACCUACAACAGGGGGCAGAUGAAUCCUCCCUUAAAUACACAAAAGGCUUUUUCCCUACAGGAGAACUCUGUAGAGUUCCAGUAACUCAGUCUGCAGUUAGGAUCCAAGAAAUUGAAGCAACCAUGUGUUACUAGUACCUCAGUGGCUAGAUGUAGCAGAUACUGCUCAAGAUUUUAAAUUUGUGCAGAUCAAGAAACUUAGCUAAAAAUCUGAUAUCUCACUUCUGAUCUUUGUUACGAAAAUAUAGGCCUCUGUGUUUUUCCUGUGACUUACAAGCAUUUUCAGUUUUUGCUUUAAGUCUUAGUUAUGGAAAAUUUCAAACACAUACAAAAGUAGAAAAGUAUGAUCAGUCUUCCAUGUUGAUUGCUUUUUAUAAGCUCCAUGCUUCUCAGCAUUACCUAUUGAUUACCACCAAGAUUAUGCAUAAAAAAAAACUUCUUUCCCUUAACAGUAAUUGAGUGUUUACUUUAUACUAAGUCCAGGACACAAAGAAUGGAAAAUCUCUGGUGACGACAAUCUGGAUUGGAGUACCAGAUACACAGCGGGUCACUUAACCCUAAUAGAAACACUGUAAGGGACCUUAGAGAUCACUUCUCUGUCCCCUUACAUGAUUGAUACAGAAACGGAGGCUCUGGGAAGUAGCUGUAAGAUUAUGCGGACAGCUAGUUAAUGGAGCUGGAGCUAGAACCCUGUCUUCUAACUCCUAGUGUUCUUUCUACUAAGUCACUGGAAGGAUUUUAUCUCCAGAUAGAAAUUACUAGCAUAUGGAACUUAAAAGAUUUAGAGGGCACUGAGGUUUUGCUUUUUAGCUCAACAAAGCCUCCCAUACAUGUGUUUCAAUAAAUGCACAGCUCCUCUGUUCAAUUUACAGUGGAGUUUCAGGAAAGACCACUUAUCCCUCAUUUGGGGCACUUUAUUUUAUUUUAUUUUUAAGUAAUCUCUACACCCAACGUGGGGCUCCAAACUCACAACCCCAAGAUCAAG